UGCGGCGGCCGCGGCGGGGCCACGACCCAGACAUCUAGGACUGUUGUUCUCUCGCGGUGGGACCGCCUCAGUCUGGUCGCCCAGAGAGACCAGGAGCUGGUCUAGUUGGGAGCGGGGCGGCCGCGUCCCCCCUCUCUCCUGCUUCCCCAAAGCUGCGGCAGGAGCUGGCACAAACAUCCUGCGGUUGGUCUCCGAUGCCCUUCAGUGAGGAGGGGCCGUCGGGAUCCUGGUGAGCGCACGUCAAGCCCCUCCAGCUACGUGUCUUUGCCGGCCCCCCAGGCCCGCACACCCAAGUCUGGCUGCCAUGGCUGAAAACGCAGAGGGGGACCUGAACUCCAACCUACUCCACGCCCCCUAUCACACCGGGGACCCUCAGCUAGACACGGCCAUCGGGCAGUGGCUCCGUUGGGAUAAGAAUCCCAAGACAAAAGAGCAAAUUGAAAAUCUGUUAAGGAAUGGGAUGAACAAGGAGCUGCGAGAUAGACUUUGUUGCCGAAUGACUUUCGGGACUGCAGGACUUCGUUCUGCUAUGGGGGCAGGAUUUUGCUAUAUUAAUGAUCUUACAGUAAUACAAUCAACACAGGGGAUGUACAAAUACCUUGAGAGAUGUUUCUCAAACUUCAAGCAAAGAGGUUUUGUCGUGGGGUACGACACCCGGGGUCAAGUAACCAGCAGCUGCAGCAGCCAGAGGCUUGCUAAACUCACUGCUGCAGUCUUACUGGCCAAAGAUGUUCCUGUGUACCUUUUUUCAAGAUAUGUUCCUACGCCUUUUGUACCAUAUGCAGUCCAGGAGCUCAAAGCAGUUGCAGGUGUGAUGAUUACUGCAUCUCACAACCGCAAAGAAGACAAUGGAUACAAGGUUUAUUGGGAAAACGGUGCUCAGAUCACAUCUCCUCAUGAUAAAGAAAUUCUGAAAUGUAUAGAAGAAUGUGUGGAACCCUGGAAUGGUUCCUGGAAUGAUAAUUUAGUGGAUACCAGCCCACUGAAGAGAGAUCCUCUGCAGGACAUUUGUAGGAGAUACAUGGAAGAUCUGAAAAAGAUCUGUUUUUACAGGGAAUUAAACUCAAAAACCACCUUGAAAUUUGUACAUACAUCUUUUCAUGGAGUUGGACAUGACUAUGUGCAGUUGGCUUUUCAAGUAUUUGGUUUUAAGCCUCCAAUUCCAGUACCAGAACAAAAAGAUCCUGAUCCAGACUUUUCUACUGUUAAAUGCCCAAAUCCUGAAGAAGGGGAAUCUGUGCUGGAACUUUCUUUGAGACUGGCAGAGAAAGAAAAUGCCCGGAUAGUGCUAGCCACAGAUCCUGAUGCAGACCGACUGGCAGUGGCAGAACUUCAGGAGAAUGGUGAUUGGAAAGUUUUCACAGGGAAUGAGUUGGCAGCUUUGUUUGGGUGGUGGAUGUUUGAUUGCUGGAAGAAAAAUAAAUCAAGAGAUGCUGAUGUGAAGAACAUUUAUAUGUUAGCCACCACAGUCUCUUCCAAAAUUUUGAAGGCAAUUGCACUAAAAGAAGGAUUUCACUUUGAAGAAACGUUACCAGGUUUUAAAUGGAUUGGAAGUAGGAUAAAAGACCUCCUGGAAAAUGGGAAGGAAGUCCUUUUUGCAUUUGAAGAGUCUAUUGGUUUUCUGUGUGGAACUUCAGUUUUGGAUAAGGAUGGGGUGAGUGCAGCCGUUGUUGUUGCUGAGAUGGCAUCUUACCUGGAAACCAUGAAUAUAACAUUGAAACAACAACUGAUUAAGGUUUAUGAAAAAUAUGGUUAUCAUAUUUCAAAAACUUCGUAUUUCUUGUGUUAUGAUCCAACUACCAUCAAAAGUAUAUUUGAAAGGCUUCGCAAUUUUGAUUCUCCAAAAGAAUACCCAAAGUUUUGUGGGACAUUUGCUAUAUUGCAUAUACGAGAUGUUACCACCGGAUAUGAUAGCAGCCAGCCUAAUAAGAAAUCAGUGCUGCCUGUGAGUAAAAACAGCCAAAUGAUUACGUUUUCUUUUCAAAAUGGCUGUGUUGCUACUCUUCGGACAAGUGGGACAGAACCAAAGAUAAAGUAUUAUGCAGAGAUGUGUGCGUCACCUGACCAGAGUGACACUGCCUUACUAGAAGAGGAAUUGAAGAAACUCAUUGAAGCUUUGAUUGAGAAUUUUCUUGAGCCCAGGAAAAAUGGACUGACCUGGCGUUCUGUGUAGUGUUCACCAGUACGUCAUUGCUUUGCACUGGCCCAUGGAACAGAACAACCAAGAACUUAAUGCAUUGAACUCGAGUUAGCAUUCUCUCUCUGUCUCAUCUGGCCGAGUUAUCUUUUUCCUUUUACUUUCUUUCUUUUUGGUUGGCUGACUAAACAAACUGUAUACAUUUGAAAUGAAAUGGUCUGGAGAGAAAUGAUUCAAAUUUUUUCAUAAUCUUGAACGAAAGUCAUUACAUUAAAAGUAUUAUGGUAACACGUCGUUCUUCCUUCAACAGAAACAAAACAAUACAAAUGAGUUUUCUUAGUAAAGUGUGAUUAAGCUUAGUUCCAUAUUCUUGUAAUUGUGUAUAGCACGUUUUUUUUUUAAGGCAGAUAAAUGCUAUAUAAUUGUAGAAUUAGUUAAGGAAAUUAAUCCAUAGAAUUGGCAAGAAAAUGGCACUGUUCCCAGUAUACUGUGGAAAAGUGUCAUUGUUACAUCACAGGUAUUAACUUACAAAUUAGAGUAUUUGAAAUGAGGUAUUUAGCAUUUCUAGCUUAGAACAGAUGUUACAAUAUGUGGUUUCAGCACCUUUGUUUCAGGUGCUCUUGGUGCAGUGUAAAUUUAUUGUAUUUAUUUAAAAUUCUGACAUUUACCGAACAUAAAACAGUAGUGGCAACA